UGGAGGAGCUGCACGCUGCCUUUAAAGACGCGCUGUAAUAUUAAUAGUCAUGAAUAUCAAUUAUUAUGAGGCGGUGUAGAGCAUUGGUGGGAAGGGGCGUCCUAGCAGUCUCAGUCUAGCCUUGGGUGGAAGAGGAGCUUAAAGGAGGACCCACACAGAGGACAAUCCAUACUAGACCCUUAUUUUGUGGCCAUUAUUUGAUGGAUAGAUGACUUGGAUCUGACUCGAGCCGCGUACUUGCAGGGGUUUCCAUCCUAUAUUAAAGCAUUUUUUUUUUAUUUGAUUUAACUCUUGAAAGACCUACUGCAUUGUGUCCAGAUGUUGGUACACACCUAUUCAGCUAUGGACCGCCAUGACGGUGUGCCCAGCCACAGCUCCCGGCUGUCCCAGUUGGGUUCAGUGUCCCAGGGACCAUACUCCAGUGCCCCUCCGCUGUCACACACGCCUUCCUCGGACUUCCAGCCUCCUUACUUUCCACCACCCUACCAGCCGCUGCCCUACCACCAGAGCCAGGACCCUUACUCCCACGUCAACGACCCUUACUCCUUAAACCCUCUGCAUCAGCCACAGCAGCACCCAUGGGGGCAGCGCCAGAGGCAGGACGUCAGCUCGGACACUGGAUCUCUCUUACCGCAGCCCAGAGCCUCCCUGCCCCAACUGUCAGGACUGGACCCCAGGAGGGACUACCACUCAGUCCGGCGGCCAGACGUCCUCCUCCACUCGGCCCAUCAUGGCCUGGACUCCGGCAUGGGGGACAGUCUGUCCUUGCAUGGCUUAGGACACCAUGGCAUGGAAGAUGUACAAUCGGUGGAAGAUGCUAAUAACGCUAUGAAUCUGCUGGACCAGUCAGUCAUCAAGAAAGGUGGGUAUUACUUCCCUGUCCCCCCUAAAUCUGUCACCUCCCUGAUGAUGAACAAGGAUGGCUUCCUGGGAGGGAUGUCGGUGAAUGCCGGGGAGGUGUUCUGCUCGGUGCCGGGCCGUCUGUCCUUACUCAGCUCCACAUCCAAAUACAAGGUGACAGUAGGAGAAGUGCAGAGACGCCUGUCCCCCCCAGAAUGUCUAAAUGCUUCUCUGCUGGGAGGUGUACUGAGAAGGGCAAAAUCCAAAAAUGGGGGAAGAUCUUUAAGGGAAAGACUGGAAAAAAUUGGGUUAAAUUUGCCAGCUGGAAGGCGUAAAGCUGCCAACGUGACCCUGCUCACAUCCCUGGUGGAAGGUGAAGCUGUCCAUCUAGCCCGGGAUUUUGGGUACAUCUGUGAAACAGAAUUUCCAGCCAAGGCGGUGUCGGAAUACUUGAAUAGACAGCACACAGACCCCACUGAUCUGCACUCCAGAAAGAAUAUGCUGCUGGCUACAAAGCAACUUUGUAAAGAAUUCACAGAUCUGCUGGCCCAAGACAGGACGCCCAUAGGCAACAGCCGACCCUCUCCUAUCUUGGAACCUGGAAUACAGAGCUGCUUGACUCACUUUAGUCUCAUCACUCAUGGUUUUGGGGCACCAGCCAUCUGUGCAGCUCUCACGGCUCUCCAAAACUACCUAACCGAGGCCCUGAAGGGAAUGGACAAGAUGUUUUUAAACAAUAACAACACUAACAGGCACACAUCUGGAGAGGGACCUGUUAGUAAAAAUGGUGACAAGGAAGAAAAACACCGAAAAUGAAAUUGGGACAUUGUUUAUUUAACAUCUUCAUUUUAGCUUUAAAAAAAAAAAAUGAUUAAAAAAAAAUACUGGACUGGCUUUGGAAAAUUACAAAUUCUAUAUAUAAAUAUAUCAGAUCGAGCCCUAUAGACCAAUAUCCAGCACACAAACAGAAAACACAGGCUCAUUGUUUGCCAACAACUUUGUAUUUAUCUCCAUUUUUAAGGACACUUUUUAGAACUCCCCAACACCCCUAAGGAAAGGACAGUGACCAUUUACUGGAGAUUUUAUGGAAUGCAAUCUUUAUUCUUAUCUCCUUUAUGUCUGGCCUGCAAGCUCCUUUGCUGCUUCCUUCAGAACCAUAGGGGGAUGUCUUAGAAGAUUGGAAGGAAUUUUGGGAAGCUGCAGUUCUUGUGGGAGCACAGUUAUGGAAAUAUUCUCUCUCGAUGGGACGUAACUACGCCAUGAAGUACCCUACUUGGACGAUCAUCCCCCUCCAUUCAACAAUCAUAGACCCAGGGGUUGCCUGUCUCCUGUUCCUUUUAAGUCUUCACUUUGAGACAUUUAUUUGUUGUAGAAUAUGUGUUUUAUACAACCCAAGGUCAAUUAUAUGGCCAAUCCCUGGCCCCAUUUUCCAUACAAGUAAUAUCCUCUAUUUGACCUCCUACAAUUAACGUUUUCUUUGUAAAUGGUGAUUUAGAAAAAAAGGCAUUUCAAUCUAACGUAUCAUUUGCACCAAUACCAAAUAUCACCAUUAAAAUCUGCCCCAUAUUCUCCAUGGAACUUGAAAUAACUAAAACUUACCCAAUGUUACAAUAGUAAAAAUUUACUAUUUCCAAACAAUGAUUUUCUCCAUUAUCCCUUUAUUGGUAAGGCAAUUGGGGCACAAAAAGCUAUGUACAAUCAUAAAACUGGUUUGCCCGGUAGCUUGAUAUCUCAACUAUGUCUUAAAAGGUUUAUAAUCUAUGGUAGGGAUAAAUAUGAAGACUUGCUUUUCUCCACAUAGGUAAACAAAAAUUUCCAAGAAAAUUCAUACUAUGCCAUGAUGCUCUAGAAAAGUCAACAUGUAGACUUUGCGGCUGUUCUAUGACUACAUUAGGCACACAAGCUUUAGGACCUGGUACGGAGGUAUAGGUAUAUAUAAAGUUGCACUGCUCUUAGUCAAUCUUCAUCAUUUUAAAUUGGUGUCAUUUUACAAUAAAGAUACACACUAAUAAUUCAAUUUCCAAACUCAACAUAUUUACAUAUAUAUAAUUUUGUUUUCCUGCAACAAAUAUAUGUGUAACAAA